UUUGAACAGGUUGGUUGUCUGUUUUCAUUCUGUUUUUGUACGCUGGCAAACACGACAACAUUUAAAUUUCUAAUAAAUUUAUUGAAACACAAAAAGACAUAUCGUAGCCAAGAUUCAGCAAAAUAAUGUCGAACACCUCAAUUCGCCCAAUACCCACAUUGAAGGGCAUGUUUACUGUGCCGCGCGUCACACAGGGGCGUAACUUUUUACAAGAAAAUAAAAAGAGCUUGCGCUCCUUGGAGAAGACUACAACAGAGAAGCUAGCGGCAAAGGAACCUGUGCGUCCAAAAUGGAUGCCGCCAUUACGUCGCACCUCAUCCGAGGCACAGGAAACGAAACGUUGCCAAGCUGAAAACCAUGCAGUGUCAAGACAACAUGAAAACAAACCCUGUCAGUUGGGAAGCCGCAGCAACUCUCGCUCCCAGAACAGCCUGAAUAAUAACAAUCAAUUAUCGUCCGAAUCUUCAGAGCAUUAUGCACCAUCUGAAAAGCGUGAGCUACAGAAAGCUUACAGUGCUUCACAGUCGGAACAAUUAUCUGAACGUUGUCAAUCAUGUGGCAUCGAACGCAGCCUAACAACCAUAGGCAUACAGACAGAGGACAUAAUGGAUGAACUGUAUCUUACUAAUGCCCUAAAGAAAUGCAACUUUGAUGGCAAAUCAAUUUUGAGUGGCGGACGCAACUUUUAUACAGGUGACGAUUAUGAUGAAAACUACGGGAACUAUAAUCAAUACGAUGACAAUGAUCAGCCACUGUCUGAUCGCUCCAAACAUAGUCGCCUUAAUAUGGACGACAACGAAGCGAUGCCCAUGCCACAUGUGAAUAGCUUGCCUAUAGACAACUCCGAUGAUGAGGCACCACUUAGCGCACGCAGUCGUGCCACUGUUGGUAGCAUGGCAUCGAAUGUCACCACCAAGUCAAAGCGUGGCGAACACAAGCUAGGCUCACGUGAUGAUCUGCGUCUUCCACGCUAUUUGGAAAAGGAAAAACGCGAAAAAGCCGAAGCUAAGGGACGAGUUGAGGCACGUGAUCCCGACUGUCCCCGUGGCCAUGUAUUGCUCAGUGAGCCGGAUCGCCUUGCAGCUCUAGCUGGUGCCAAGAAGCGCUUUGAUGGGCUCAUCUAUGAGCUAAAUCACAUGCCCAUGUCUGCUGAGACUCUGCGUGUGCGUUCUCGUAAAAACGAAAUUGAAAAAGAACUCAAAAGCGCCGAGGAUGAAAUACGCAUAUAUUCAAAGUCCAAGGUUUAUGUAAAAGUAACUAAAUCACGAAACCUUUAAUACGCGGCAAGUUAUAAAGAAAACAAAACAAAACAAGCAAAAAGACAAAAAAAAAAAAUACAAGGAAUCUACUAAAGAAUUACUGGGAAGCUAUGUCUCAAAAGAAGACGUAUUUUUAUUGUAUAUCAAUGAAGGUAUCACUAGUCGUUUUGUGUUAUAAGUAUUUAUAUUUUUUAAUUGAGCAUGAACAAACUAUUUAUAAGUGGUCUAUAUGGACAACACUUAUCAAUAAUCAACACUAAAAAAUAAACGUUAACUGCAGUCUAAACUUAUGCU